CAAAUUAAGAAAUUUUUACAUUAUCACCUCCUGAUCUUUCCCUCUCCUGACCCCAGUUCCAUGGACACCCACCUGUCUGCCCUUCCCCUUCCCCUAUACACACUUUAGUCAGAUGGCCAGUAGCAUUGAUUGGGAUGUUUAUCUUCAUGUCUGGGGUCUGCUGUGAAGCACGGUGCUCCUUGAGGACAAAGUCAUCUUUAUAACCCCGGGCCCAGCACCAACCAUGCCCGCUCCAUCCCCCAUCCUAGCCUCUGGAACCUCAUCCAGAUUUAGAGGAAAGAACCAGUUCAGAGGGAUUGCCUCAAACCACACUAUCUCCACUCGCCCAGACCCGUGGAAGAUUAGCAACCAUGCUUUCCAAUGGGAUAGGAACUGUAGCUGCUGGAAAAAGGAGUGUAUGUCUUCUCUCCUUGCUGCUUAUUGGCCUCUGGAGCUGUGUGACCUGUCAUUGGAGCCCUGGGGAGGACAUCUGCACAGCCAAGCCUCGGGACAUUCCCAUGAAUCCCAUGUGCAUUUACCGUGCCCCAGAGAAGAAAGCAACUGAGGGCGAGGGCUCAGAGCAGAAGAUCCCCGGGGCCACCAACCGGCGGGUUUGGGAACUGUCCAAGGCCAAUUCCCACUUUGCCGCCACCUUCUAUCAGCAUCUGGCAGACAAGAAGAAUGACAAGGACAACAUUUUCCUGUCACCCCUGAGUAUCUCCACAGCUUUUGCUAUGACCAAGCUGGGUGCCUGUGACAACACCCUCAAGCAGCUGAUGGAGGUUUUUAAGUUUGAUACCAUCUCUGAGAAGACAUCUGAUCAGAUCCACUUUUUCUUUGCCAAACUGAACUGCCGACUCUAUCGAAAAGCCAAUAAAUCCUCUGAGUUAGUAUCAGCCAACCGUCUUUUUGGAGACAAAUCCCUUACCUUCAAUGAGACCUACCAGGACAUCAGUGAGAUGGUAUAUGGAGCCAAGCUCCAGCCCCUGGACUUCAAGGGAAAUGCAGAGCAGUCCAGAGUGACCAUCAACCAAUGGAUAUCCAACAAGACUGAUGGGCGUAUCACUGAUGUCAUUCCCCCAGAAGCCAUCAAUGAGUUCACUGUCUUGGUGCUGGUCAACACCAUUUACUUCAAGGGCCUGUGGAAGUCAAAGUUCAGCCCUGAGAACACAAGGAAGGAACUUUUCUACAAGGCCGAUGGGGAGUCGUGUUCGGUAUUCAUGAUGUACCAGGAAGGCAAGUUCCGCUAUCGGCGCGUGGCAGAGGGCACCCAGGUGCUUGAGUUGCCUUUCAAGGGUGAUGACAUCACCAUGGUGCUCAUCCUGCCCAAGCUUGAGAAGAGCCUGACCAAGGUGGAACAGGAACUCACCCCAGAGGUGCUGCAGGAGUGGCUAGAUGAGCUGGCAGAGACAUUGCUGGUGGUCCACAUGCCCCGCUUCCGCAUCGAGGACAGCUUCAGCGUGAAAGAGCGGCUGCAAGACAUGGGCCUUGAGGACCUCUUCAGCCCUGAGAAGUCCAAGCUCCCAGGUAUUGUUGCAGAAGGCCCGAGGGACCUCUAUGUCUCAGAUGCAUUCCACAAGGCAUUUCUUGAGGUAAACGAGGAAGGCAGUGAAGCAGCAGCAAGUACCGUCAUUGGCAUUGCUGGCCGUUCGCUGAACCCCAGCAGAGUGACCUUCAAGGCCAACAGGCCCUUCCUGGUUCUUAUCAGGGAAGUUGCUCUGAACACUAUUAUCUUCAUGGGCAGAGUAGCCAACCCUUGUGUUAACUAAAAUGUUAUCCUUUAUAGUUCUUCCUAUUUUGGUUUGUGAAUAGAAGUAAAAAUAAAUACAACUACUCCCAUAUCUCACAAUUACGAAUGGACUUUGCCACCUGAAACGAAGACAAGGAAAGGAGAAAUGGAUAGAGAUGCUGUUGGGCAUUUGGUAAAAUGAGGCUUUCAAUUGUUCUCUACCAGCGAACACAUCUGGGUCAAGAAAGUGAAGAAGGGAGAUAUGUCACUGCUUCAUCUUGAAAG